AAACCGGAUGUUUGCUUGUCACAGAACCCUUCGUUUAAAGGAGACCUGCUGCUACCCUGCGUGUGUGUGGUGGGAGUUGUCUGUCAGAGAAAAAAAGUUGCAGGGUGGAAGUGUGGACAAUGGCCUCUGACCCCUUGAUAGACCUGCAGGAUGACCUGUCCAGUGAGGAUCCAGCCAAUACUCUGGAGCAGCUCAAGAUCUCCACGUUGGCAGAGAAGGACUGGCCUUCCGAUGAGACGCAGGAAAUGAGCAAGUCGGACACGGAUGUUUCCAAAAAGUUGGAUUCGGGUCUGCACUUGAAAUGGGAUGAUCCAUACUAUGACAUUGCAAGGCAUCAGAUUGUGGAGGUGGCAGGUGAUGAUAACUUUGGCAGGAAGGUUAUUGUGUUCAGUGCCUGUCGGAUGCCUCCACACCAUGAGCUUGACCAUCACAAACUGUUGGCGUACCUGAAGCAUACCCUGGACCAGUAUGUUGAAAAUGACUACACUCUCAUUUAUUUCCACCAUGGGCUCACCAGUGAGAACAAGCCAUCCCUCACCUGGCUCAGGGAUGCCUACAGGGAAUUUGACCGAAAGUACAAGAAGAAUAUCAAGGCUCUGUGCAUUGUCCAUCCCACCACUUUCAUCAGAACACUGCUUAUUCUUUUUAAGCCAAUUAUCAGCUGGAAGUUUGGAAGGAAGAUAUUCUACAUGAACUAUCUGAGCGAAUUGGAAGAAUACGUCAAGUGUGAACAGCUGGUGAUACCCCAGAGGGUCAAGACUUAUGAUGACAAAAUCAAGGCUGCGCAGAAGGUCUCACAAGCACAGAAACCAGUGCCGCCACAUUCUCCACUGCCAGCCCAGCAAUUCGGGCUCUUCCUCUCACAAUUACAGGAGAAGAGUCCAGAUAAAGACAAAAUCCCCCUGGUAAUGCGAGAGACAAUCAGCUAUUUGAGGGAGCAUGGUCUUCAAACAGAAGGCAUAUUUCGAAGAUCAGCCAAUAUAUCCUUGGUCAGGGAAGUCCAGAAUAAAUACAAUAUGGGGGAAAAAGUGGAUUUCCUCCAGUAUGAUGACGUCCAUCUUGUUGCUGUCAUUCUUAAAACAUUCCUUCGGGAAUUACCGGAGCCCCUCCUCACCUUUCGGCUCUACAAUGACAUUGUCAAUUUUCACAAUGUGGAAAACAGCAGUCAGGUGGCUGUACUCUGCAGCAUGCUUCAGACGCUCCCAGAUGAGAACUAUGCUACUCUCAAGUAUCUCAUUCAGUUCCUGGCGCAGGUAAGAAUUUGUGACCUUCUACAAAAAAAAAAUACACCUUACACCUUUUUGGACAGGAGAAGCGAUGUUUGAAGUAUAUACUAUUUU